CGCUUCGCUUCUCUCCUCUCCCUCGUCUUGCCUUGCUCUCUCUGUGUUUCGUUCGUUCCCCUUUGCCCCCCCCAGGCUUCGGCUUCUUCUCGAAGCGAUUAGCUCCUCGCGCUCGCGCUUGCGCCCUUGGGUUUGACGCUGCUUGCGCGGCGUACGAGCGCGGGGCUUGGGUUCUCGGUGGAGGCGGGCGGGCGGGCGGGCGGCAGAUCCGGCGCCGGUGGCUGCGGCGGCGGGAGGAUCGGCUGCGGCGGCGGGCGGCGGCAGGUUCCGAGGGGAGGAAUUGGUGCUCCUGUCCGCGUGCCGGUUCGCUUCGGUGAAGGGGGAGGAGGUUCGGUGCAUGGUGUUGGGAUGAAGCGCGCGAGGGAGGAGGCGCUCGUGGGGUCGCAGCAGCAGCAGCAGCAGCAGCUCAAGCGGCCCAACCCCGCUCGAUCCGAUCCGACGGCACCGCCGCAGGCCAUGCCUGUGAGCGGGUCAGCGUCUGCGGCGGCAGCGCCACCGCCUCAGGCUGCAGCCGCUGCGCCGGCACAGCCUUCCAGCAGUCUAGCGGCGGGUGCCGGGCAGAAGCUCACGACCAACGACGCUCUCGUCUACCUCAAGGCCGUCAAGGAUAAGUUCCAGGACAAUCGCGCCAAAUACGAAGAGUUCCUUGAGGUGAUGCGUGACUUCAAGAGCGAAAGGAUUGAUACCAAUGGAGUGAUUAUUCGUGUGAAGACGCUUUUUAACGGGUACCCUGAGCUGAUCCUUGGAUUCAACACCUUCUUACCCAAGGGGUUUGCCAUCAGGCUGCAGGAGGAGAAGAAGCCUGUUGAUUUUAUGGAAGCCAUCAAUUUCGUUAACAAGAUAAAAACUCGAUUCCAGCGUGAUGAGCAUGUGUACAAGUCUUUUUUGGACAUUCUCAACAUGUACCGUAAGGAUAAUAAGUCUAUCCAAGAUGUUUACCAGGAGGUUGCUGUGCUAUUCAGUGACCAUAAAGACUUACUCGAAGAAUUCCAACACUUCUUGCCUGAUACCUCAGUGUCUCCACAAGCAGUGACUGCUCCAAGAGGUGCUCUGGUUAACCGGGAUGACAAGACCACUGUAAUGCCUCCUGUUAGUAGGAAUGAAAAGCCUAGGGCUUAUCCAUCUCAUGCUGACCGCGACUUCACUGUCGAUCGUCCUGAUGUGGAGCAUGAUCGCCAGCGAAGACAGAAGGAAAAGGAACGGAAGGCGGAAAGAGAUAAAAGAGAUUAUGAGAGAGAUGAGAAGGAUGGUGAACAUGACAGCAAAGAGCCGGAUAUGGGACAGCGAAAGCGCAGACCUUUUACAAGUGCAAACCCUACAGGUGCUGAAACACACCAAGGAGGCUUCCCAGAGAAUCAUGGAAUAAAUACUGCUUCUGCUUCAUCAUAUGAUAAUAACGAUGUGCUGAAGAGUGUAUACCCACAGGAGUUCCAGUUCUGCGAUAAAGUCAAGGAGAAGCUGGAACAUGAUGCUUACCAGGAAUUUUUGAAAUGUGUUCACAUAUACAGCCAGGAAAUUAUUACGAGAAGUGAAUUGAAGAACUUGGUGAGUGAUAUACUACAACACUACCCAGAUCUUAUGAAUGGGUUUAAUGAAUUCCUGGAGCAUUGUGAAAACAUAGAUGGAUUUCUUGCUGGAGUCUUCAGUAAAAAGCAACCUGGACGGCUAGUUAAAACUGAAGAUAAAGAAAGAGAUAAGGAGCACGAGAGGGAGGAUAGAGAUAGAGAUCGGGACAAGGAAAGAGAAAAGGGACGGGAAAGACUUAAUCCAAAAGAAGGUCCUAGUCAGAAACCUUCUAUUAUCAAAGAAAAGUAUCUAUGCAAACCAAUAUCAGAGCUGGAUCUCUCAAAUUGUCAGCGAUGCACUCCAAGUUACCGGCUUCUACCUAAAAAUUACCCAAUGCCUCCGGCAAGUAACAGGACUGAUCUUGGAGCCUCAGUUCUUAACGAUCACUGGGUAUCAGUGACAUCAGGAAGUGAAGACUAUUCAUUUAAGCACAUGCGGAAGAAUCAGUAUGAAGAAAGUUUAUUUAGAUGCGAAGAUGACAGGUUUGAGUUGGAUAUGCUCUUGGAAUCAGUUAAUGCAGCAACUAAGCGUGUCGAGGAGUUGAUAGAAAAAAUGCAAGAUAACUCAGUAAAACCAGACAGCCCUAUUCGCAUCGAUGAGCAUUUAACUCCUUUGAAUCUGAGGUGUGUUGAGCGGUUAUAUGGUGACCAUGGACUGGAUGUGAUGGACGUUCUUCGGAGAAAUGCUAGUGUUGCAUUGCCAGUUAUCUUAACUAGGCUAAAACAAAAGCAGGAGGAAUGGUCAAGGUGCCGAUCAGAUUUCAACAAGGUUUGGGCUGAAAUAUAUGCCAAAAAUUAUCACAAGUCACUUGACCAUCGCAGUUUCUAUUUCAAACAGCAAGAUUCGAAGAACCUGAGCACAAAAUCUCUAUUGACUGAGAUUAAAGAAAUUAACGAGAAGAAAAGAAAGGAAGAUGAUGUACUGAUUGCUAUUGCUGCUGGAAAUAGGCGGCCUAUAGUUCCAAAUAUGUCAUUUGAGUUCGUAGAUUUGAACAUCCAUGAAGAUCUUUAUAAGAUCGUCAAGUACUCAUGUGGAGAAGUCUGCAGCUCCUCGGACCAACUGGAUAAAGUGAUGAGAAUUUGGACCACUUUUAUGGAGCCAAUUUUGGGUGUUCCGCCUCGAUCCAAUGGUACCGUGGAUGUAGAUCCAAUUAAACCCAAGAAUGGAAUCACAAAAUCGAGUAUUGUAACAGUUGGGGAAAGCAACAGUGCUCCAGCAGGGACUGCUACCAAGCAAGGGCAUGGUGAUGAAAGCAUGCCUCAGGAACAGGCACCGUCAACUGUGGUUAGAUUGGUGAAAGGAGUUGCAGCAGACUCUCAAAAUGGUUUCCAUGAUGCAGAUCGAACUGCUCGUGCAGGCGGGGAACUACCAAAUGCUGCACUAAAUGGAAGAGUGCAAGCUGGUGCCUCUGCCACAGUUGAAAUAUCUGCAGUAAAUACUCAGAACAUGUCUACUGAGAGAUCAGCAGAAAAUGUUUCUGUUCCUAGGACUGAACAACAUAGUCAUAUUAAAGGAAAUUUGGACACUACAUCAGGAGCGAAUGCUUCUAGAAGUUCACAUGCUGGAGCUGGUAGCGCUGCUGGUCCCAGGGCUGGCAAGGAAGCAUUACCAUCUGUUGAGGGUGGAGAAACUGGCAGGUCAGUAUCAUCUUUAAAUGGCGGGAGCACCAGUGAGGGUAAUAAAGGGGGCCUAUUUAAUGAAGCUACUGCAUCCCACAAUAUUUCAAAAAUUGAAAGAGAGGAGGGUGAAUUAUCGCCUAAUGGAGAUUUUGAAGAGGACAAUUUUGUGCCCCUUGAAGAUGGUGCUGCAGAAGGAACAUCUAAAACAAAGGAGGGUUCCACGAGCAGAACAUUUAAGGCUGGCACCGGUGAAGUAGGACCUUUUGCUGAGGCAGCCGGCGAGAAUGAUGCUGAUGAUGAGGGUGAGGAAAGCACUCAAAGAUCUAGUGAGGACAGUGAAAAUGCUUCUGAAGCUGGUGAAGAUGCUUCAGGAAGUGAAUCUGGUGAUGGUGAGCAGUGUUCGCGUGAAGAUCAUGAUGAGGAAGAGGAAGAUAUGGAUCAUGAUGACCAUGAUGCAAAGGCAGAAAGUGAGGGUGAGGCAGAGGGAACAACUGAGACCCACGAUGUCGAAGGAGGCAUGUCAUUACCGGUAUCAGAGCGCCUUUUGUACUCGGUUAAACCACUGGCUAAGCAUGUACCCACAUCUUUGCUUGACCGAGAAGAUAAAUCCUCACAUAUAUUUUAUGGGAAUGAUUCGUUUUAUGUCUUGUUCAGGCUGCACCAGAUCUUGUAUGAAAGACUACUUUCAGCAAAGACAAAUUCUUCCAGUGCUGAAAAGAAAUGGAGAACCUCCAAGGAUACAAACCCUCCCGACCUAUAUGCAAAGUUCAUUGAUGCACUCUACAACUUGCUGGAUGGUUCUUCUGAUAAUACCAAGUUUGAGGAUGACUGCCGUGCUAUUAUUGGGACUCAGUCGUAUGUUCUCUUCACUUUGGAUAAACUGAUAUACAAAGUUGUCAAGCAGCUUCAAGCAAUAGCAACAGAUGAAAUGGACAACAAGCUUCUCCAGCUUUAUUUGUAUGAAAAAUCAAGAUCUCCUGGAAGGUUCUUUGAUCUAGUUUAUCAUGAAAAUGCUCGCGUUCUACUCCACGAUGAGAGCAUGUAUCGAUUUGAAUGUUGCUCAAAUCCAACAAGGUUAUCUAUCCAGCUGAUGGAAUAUGGUCAUGAAAAGCCUGAAGUGACUGCAGUAUCGAUUGAACCAAAUUUUUCCUCGUAUCUUUUUAGUGAGUAUUUGUCAAGUUCGUCAGACACAAUGUUGUCUGAUGGUGUCUUCCUUGGAAGAAAUAAGCGGAAACAUUCAAAUAAGGACGAGCCUUCAGAUUCGUUGAAGACAAUGGAUGGUAUCAAAGUUGCUAAUGGUCUUGAAUGCAAGAUAUCCUGCAAGACCUCUAAGGUCUCAUAUGUCCUGGACACUGAAGAUUUCUUGUUUCGGUUAAGAAAGAGGAGACUUCCACCUGGUGAAAAUGUGCCUGACAAGUCACUGACUUCAAAACAAAAUGCUGCAAAAUUGCAGCGCUUUCAUAUGUUUCUAUCCAAGCCUUAGGUUCAUAGGCAAAAUAUUGUCACCGUAUGCAAAUCAGGAGAUGCUGCUGGGUUUUGCGACUGCCUUGCUCUUGCUUCAACAAUGAGAAGCCGCAGGACACUGAUGCCGUGGUUCUAUCCUCAGAAUGCCAUUCUGGAAUAAACAGUCGGCCGUUGGAAAUAUAUGUACAUGGUAAAUACAGCAAGCAAAGCAUGUUUUGGCCACCUCAGUCAGCUUACCCCGUGCCCCCCCCGACAUAUGUGGGUGUGUAUAUAUGUAUUUGCAGAAUGUUGUUUGUUCUGUUCACCAUUCUCUAGUGGUUUUUGGUCGUAGAAGGAUCUAUUAAGCUAAUUACCAUUUGUUGAUGCUGGUAUAGGCUUUUUUUGUCAUUUUGACUGUUGGUUUCCAUUCAAGAUAAGUAGCCUUGAUUUAAUUAAGUCAAAACAAUGUUAACUGUCAUAGUCGACCAAUCUUUGUGUUAUUUGAGUUACAUGUUCCUUCUUUUA